AUGUCGUGUUUUCCCGAGCUGUAUUUUAACGUGGAUAACGGUUACCUGGAAGGGUUGGUACGCGGUUUUAAGGCGGGGGUGCUCCGGCAAGGUGACUACGUGAACCUGGUGCAGUGUGAGAGCCUGGAAGACUUGAAACUGCACCUCCAGAGCACAGACUAUGGGAACUUCCUGGCCAACGAAGCCUCCCCGCUCACCGUCUCCGUCAUAGAUGACAAGCUGAAGGAGAAGAUGGUGGUGGAGUUUCGUCACAUGAGGAACCAUGCAUAUGAGCCCCUAGCGAGUUUUCUGGACUUCAUCACGUACAGCUACAUGAUUGACAAUGUCAUUCUGCUGAUCACUGGGACCCUGCACCAGCGUUCAAUCUCUGAACUGGUGCCCAAGUGCCAUCCUCUGGGAAGUUUCGAGCAGAUGGAAGCCGUGAACAUUGCUCAGACGCCUGCGGAACUCUACAAUGCAAUCCUGGUGGACACUCCCCUGGCUGCUUUCUUCCAAGACUGCAUAUCUGAACAGGACCUGGAUGAAAUGAACAUUGAAAUAAUUCGAAACACACUGUAUAAGGCUUACCUGGAGUCCUUCUACAAGUUCUGCAAGGUGCUAGGAGGUACCACAGCAGAUGCCAUGUGCCCGAUCCUGGAGUUUGAAGCUGACCGGAGGGCCUUCAUUAUCACUAUUAACUCAUUUGGUACUGAGCUGUCCAAGGAGGACCGAGCAAAGCUGUUCCCACACUGUGGCAAGCUCUACCCUGAGGGCCUGGCUCAGCUGGCCAGAGCAGAUGACUACGAACAAGUCAAAAAUGUUGCUGACUACUACCCUGAGUACAAGCUGCUAUUUGAAGGGGCUGGCAGCAACCCUGGAGACAAGACCCUUGAAGACAGGUUCUUUGAGCAUGAGGUGAAGCUGAACAAGCUAGCCUUCCUCAACCAAUUCCACUUUGGAGUCUUCUACGCCUUCGUGAAGCUGAAGGAGCAGGAGUGCCGCAACAUUGUGUGGAUCGCAGAGUGCAUCGCCCAGCGGCACAGGACCAAGAUCGACAACUACAUUCCCAUCUUCUAACCCUGCUCUGCUGUCCAGCCCUCCUGCCCCUGGAGUCCAGAGGAACCCCUGUCUAACUCCCUGAGUUGUCCCUUGCCUAGACUCCAGGGAUGUGCCAUCUGUGGAACUGUCUCAGAUGAGGAAGCUGUACAAUUGCUAGUUAAAUUAUUCACAAGCUGAAGUUUGAGUUGUAUGUGCUGUGAGGGGUCCGGAGGGACCAGUGGCACAGGCUUGGCCCUGUGUAGCAGGAGGGGCACCUCCUGUUGUGUAUCUAAUAGUCUCUGUGUUACUGUACUAAUCUGCUGUAUGCGCUUAUGCUCAUAGAGCAAGCACCAGCCGGGGGUUGCUGCCUCCAAGGGGUUCCCACCACCACAGAGGAACGCAUCAGGUCUGCCAUGGCCAGGGG